AUGGAGAAUUUAAAGGACCAAGAAUCAGACUAUAAUUUAAAAUGUUUAUAUAAAUUAGGAGUAUGGGAAAUUGUGAUGAACAAAGGAAACAACGAUGGUAUUCUUACUGAAAACAGCGUCCAUAAGACCGAAAUAUAUUUGCGGUUCCUUCCCGAGUUUAUGGAAGACAAUGAAGUUAAUCAAAUGACAACAGCGAGAGACACUGUUGAUCUAUGUCAACUCCAUGGAUACGAUUUGGAAGAACAUUUUGUGCGAACACCUGAUGGCUACUUACUUUGUCUACAGCGUGUCUAUAAAGACCAGAAUAGUUUAUCGAAAUUAGCGUACAAGCCUCCUGUACUUUUUCUUCAUGGGCUCCUUAUGAAUUCUGAGAUUUGGGUUUGUAACAUCAGGAAAGAGGACUCAAUACCCUUAGCGCUUGUUGAUCAGGGCUACGAUUUUUGGAACUUCACUCUCGACAGCAUAGCUAUCUUCGAUAUACCUUCACUUGUCAAAUAUAUACUCUCUGUAAACAAAUCGGAAUCAGUUGCGUUUGUUGGGUUCUCUCAGGGUGCAAUUAUGGCUUUCGCUGCCUUGUCUAUCGACAAUGAACUUCGAAAGUCCGUUCGCGCAUUCAUAGCACUUUCGCCUGCUAUCUUUCCAAAAAAAUACAGCAGUAAAACGGUAAAUUCGAUUAUUCAUUCGAAUAGCCAGUUGUUAUACUUAUUGUUCGGUACUCAUUCCAUGCUUGCCUCGACCAUUUUCUGGCAAGCCGUACUUUAUCCCCCAGUAUUUUCUAAAAUUCUGGAUUCCUGCUUACGCUAUUUCAUGAAUUGGAAUGGGAAAAAUAUUUCUGAAGAGCAAAAGAUUGUAGGUUAUUCCCACUUAUAUUCUUUUACUUCUGUUAAAUGCUUUGUGCACUGGUCCCAAAUUAUGAAAAAUAAAGUUUUACAAAUGUACGACGACAGUCCUGGUAUUAAACCAAGUUAUUAUACAAAUUUAAAUCGAAUUGCGAGAUAUCCUAUUGAAAACAUUCGGCUUCCCAUUAUCUUGAUUUAUGGUAGUGAUGAUAAUAUGGUGAACAUUGAUGCUUUAAAAUCUUGUCUUCCUCCAUUGUCUCAAUGCAUCCAGAUCCCUCAUUACGAACAUUUAGAUAUGUUAAUCGGCGAUAAAAGGAAAAAUCUAGUGAUCAAUCAAGUAAUUGAACAAUUAAAUCAUGUCGCAUCCGGAGAUUAUUAUGACUCUAUAAAAGAAGAGUUUGGAAUAGCGUCCGAUGUGCUUGACGGCUUUAUUACUUCUUCCUGA